UAAAAAAUGGAAGAUCUUUUGGGACUUCUGAAAAUUCACGUCCACAAAGGAGUUAACCUCGCGAUCCGAGAUGUCCGAAGCAGUGAUCCCUAUGUUGUCAUCAGAAUGGGCAAAGAUAAACUGAAAACUCGGGUGAUCAAGAGGAACCUGAACCCAGAGUGGAACGAGGAACUGAUUCUCUCGAUCGCCGACCCGAGCCUUUCCAUACAUUUGAUGGUGUACGACAAGGACAAAUUCAGCCGUGAUGACAAGAUGGGGGAUGCUGAGAUCCCCAUCGUACCUGUUCUUGAUGCGUUGAGGACGAGAUUGGAUAAUAUCCGGAACGGAACCGUGAUCACCAAAGUGAAGCCUGGCAGGGACAACUGCUUGGCGGAGGAGAGCUGUAUAGUGUGGAGCGACGGUAAAUUGGUGCAAGACAUGGUGCUCCGGCUCCGCAAUGUGGAGCGCGGCGAGGUUGAGCUCCAACUUCAGUGGAUAGACAUUCCCGGUUCCAGGGGCCUGUAGGAAGACUAGGUCUCUCAAAUUUGAUCAUUCUGAGUUCAAUUCAAUGUACAGAGAAAGCUCUGAAUGAGUUCCUAAUCAUUAUUUGAUUCUUUUUGUAAAUUUUUGGGCAUGUA